UGUUUAUGCAGAUAGCCAUACUUGACGUGCAUGAAUUGUUCAUACCACACCUAUCAAAGCUCGGCCGCGUCGCGCCUCAUAUUAAGUCCUGGACUUCCUUGCCCUUUCGUGGGCAAGACGUAGGCAACGUCUUUACAUAGUAACGACUUGGCGUAUGCGUAUACCUUAGCAAGAUGCCAGGUGGAAACUAGCCGAUGCAAUCUAGCAGGGAAUCCUAAAGCACCUGUCACCGAUACUGGGCAAUCAUGCGGACAGGUGCAGGAUUACUUAAUCACAACCAUCACCUGGUGGAGACUCCAAGUCUCGUUUGCCCAGCUGCUCAGAAUGGUAGAGUGGCUACGUGGCCGAAACGCUGCGGGAGAAUACGCCGGCCACUUAUAGUGCCAAGGGCUGCGUCGACGCUGCCUGGCACGAAUUCUCGUGUGCCUUCCGUCCCACCCAUACCGUCGCCUAGCCCGGCAGCUGCAUCGACAUCCGGAACUUGGCGUGAGGCCAGCCCGAACGGGGCAAGCAAAAGCUAUACCACUGCAACUGGAAGCCUCAACGGCACAAACCCGCAGAGCAGCGCCAUCAACAACAAUGGCUAUCCCUCAGGCAGUAGCAACGGCGCAGCAACCGCAGCUUCCUCUGCUGGCCGCAGCAUCAGCAGCAGCAAUGGCGGCCCAGACGGAGACGGCGGCCCCGCGCGUCCUUCUCCUUCGCCAUCCUACCGUGCCCCCACGCUGCUCCCCACCGCCGACCUUCAGCAGCAGCAAGAAAAAGGGCGGCAGCAGCAGCCUCCACGGUCCUCAGCCCCGCAGCAGCAGCAGCAGGGACCGGGGGAGCCGGACGAUGAAGACGCGUCAGACAUCGAAAUCCCAGAAUUCAUGGAGCCCUCCGUCUACAACGCGGCCAUGAACAGCCGCUACUGGGAGACGCGGCCGGUGCGGGUGCUGGCGCGCAUGCUGCGCAUCGGGCUGGAGUUCGGGGGCUGGGCGGCGGGCUGCAGGGCGCGGGGGCUGCGGCUGCGGGACGCGGCGGUGCAGGAGGCGGCGGCGGCGGAGGCGCUGAAGGAUGUGCUGGUGCGGCUGGGUCCUGCGUUCGUGAAGAUCGGUCAGGCGCUGUCCAGCCGGCCCGACGUGCUGCCCCCGCCGUACAUCGCGGCCCUGGAGGCGCUGCAGGACCGCAUCCCGCCCUUCCCGGAUGCAGCGGCUAUGGAGGUGCUGGAGGCGGAGCUGGGUGCGCCCCCCUCCGCGGUGUUCGCCCGGCUGUCCCCCCGCCCGGUGGCGGCCGCCUCGCUGGGUCAGGUGUACCGGGGGGCGCUGCGGGCGGAGCUGGGGGGCGGGGAGGUGGCGGUGAAGGUGCAGCGGCCGCGGGUGGCGCAGAUGAUUGCGCAGGACGUGUACAUCCUGCGCCUGCUGGCUGGCUGGCUGCGCACCGCCCGCCGCCUGAACACCGACCUGCCUGCGCUGGUGGACGAGUGGGCGUCCUCGCUGUUCCGCGAGCUCAACUACCGCACCGAGGCGGACAACGCGGUGCGGUUUAAGCAGCUCUUCUCGCACCUGCCGCAGGUGUACGUGCCGCACAUCUACGACCAGCUCACCACCGCCAAGGUGCUCACAAUGGAGUGGAUCGAUGGGGAGCGACUGCGCACCGCAGGAGCCUCGGCAGCGGAGCGCGGCAGCGCCCCCACCUCUUCCCCCUCCUCUUCCCCCUCCUCUUCCCCCUCCUCUUCCCCCUCCUCUUCCCGCAUCCCGUCCGCCUCCACCUCCGCCCCCAGCCCCCCCUUUCCCCCUGCCGCCCGGCGCUCCGAGGACCUGGCGCUGGUGGAGGUGGGCGUGCGGUGCUCGCUGGAGCAGAUGCUGGAGGAGGGCUUCUACCACGCGGACCCGCACCCCGGCAACCUGCUGCGCACCCCCGACGGGCGGCUGGCGUACCUGGACUUCGGCAUGAUGGGGCAGAUCGACGAGCGCACCCGCACCGCGCUCAUGACCGCCACGCUGCACCUAGUCAACAGGGAGUACGGCAGGCUGGCGGAGGACUUUGUGACCCUGGGGUUCCUGCCGGCGGGCACGGACCGGGAGGCGGUGCUGCCGGAGCUGACGGCUGUGUUCUCCGACGCGCUCAAGGGCGGUGUGAGCAACCUGUCGUUCGGGCAGCUGAGCGGCAACCUGGGGGCAACCAUGUACAAGUACUCAUUCAGGAUACCUCCGUACUACACACUGCUAGUGCGGUCGCUGUCCGUACUCGAAGGCAUCGCGCUCGCCUCGGAUCCGAACUACAAGGUGCUGGGCUCCGCCUACCCCUGGAUCGCGCGGCGGCUGCUCACGGACCCCUCGCCCGACCUGCGCCAGGCGCUGCGGCGGCUGCUGUACAGCGGGGAGGGGCGGUUCAGGUUCGACCGGCUGGAGUCGCUGCUGAGACAGGCAGCCAAGUCGGCUAACCGCUUGAAACGACCCGCGGUUCCAACGGCCCCUCAACAACCAUCACAGCAGCAGCAACCAGCGACAUCUACGACGAAUAGCACAACUGCUAGCAGCAGCACCACCACCACUGUGAGCGCAGGCGUGAGCAGUAUCAAUAGCAGCAGUGGCAGCACCACCAGCACUACCAGCAGCAGCAGCAGCAGCAGCAGUGGCGGCGGUGCAUUGGCGCUGCUGCUCAGUCCCGACGGCGAGUUCGUGCGGGGUAUCCUGCUAGACGAGGUCGCCAAGGGUAUCGACGGGGCCUGGCGCAUCGCCGCCGACGCCACCCUGGCCUCCGUUCGGCAAACCAUCACCAACCUGCCGUCCGCGGCGCUGCCGGUGCUGUCACUCCUGCCGGGGGGGUCCCUGAUCGCAGCCGCACUGCUCGCCACCACAGCCUCCUCCUCCUCUUCCUCGUCGUCUCAGAUUGGUAGCAGUAGCGGGGCAGGAGGCGCGGGCCCUGCCGAUGGCGGCAGUAGCAGUAGCGGCAACGGCGGCAGGGCAGCUGUUGCAGUGCAGCGGUCUCUGUCGGCGGCGUUGGCUCGGUUGCCUGCUUUGGCAACGGAGGACGACAGGGCUCAGGUGGCUGGGUUGCUGCAGCUGGGGAAUGCCCUUGCGGACGUAGCAGGUCUCAAGCUCCCAGCCCUGCUAUCGCCCUCUGCCUCGUCCCCAGCAGCAGCAACGACGGCCUCAGCACCAACAGCAGCAGCAGCCACUGCCUCCACACUAUCACAGUCGUCCGCAACCCCUGCAGAUGGUCCCUCCACCUCUUCUUCGGAGUUGUUCGAGGCCGCCGCGCAGGCCGCCGAGGCGGUGCGCUGGCUGGCUGCGGAGGCUGCUGAGCUGCCGCGGGAGGCGCGCGGGGAGCUGCUGCAACUGCCGCUGCAGCUGGGGCGCAGGGUGGCCUCCCGGGUGACGGCACGCGCGCUGCGGUCGCUGGUGCUGGGGGCCGGGACGGAGGGGGCGGGGGAGCUCGAGGCAGGCGGCGCUGCACCCGCACCCACACCCGCCGCUCCGCUGGUGCCGCCUGCGGGGCCGUGAUGAGGGGCCGCCUGGGCCGCCACGGCUGGGCGGGGAGAGGUGGAGCCGCCUCGCGUUGUCUUGGACCCGUGGGUCGGAGGCUUGGGUCGUGGCAAUGGUGGGAGGCUCGGACUGGGGUUUGUGGGGCCGCGGUCCGACCGGCCUUGGGAGUAAUGAGGAAGUUCUUGGGGAGAAAAAGGGGGUGUAUGGUGGAGAGGACUAACUGGUAUGCACUGGAAUUGCCCAGGCGUGGAUACAGUGAUGGAUGGGGGGUUUUAAUGAGCUGUCAAUGUUGCUUCAGACGGGGACGUUGCGGCGCUGCGUUGGUGAUGGGAGCCAUGGCUGUUGGGUAGUCGGACUUUAUAUUACAGUUCUUAGGCGGUGUAUCGUAAGCCGUAUGUUGUCUUUCUGAUCCGACCGUAUUAUUAGUAUGUUGUUGCCGUUACAAAAAAAGGGCCCUCACAAGUGCAUGUGCACUUCCCCAAGGCGGGAGGUGUGUUUUGGCUUGCGCUGUUGAGGGGUUUACGCAGCCAGGUGUGUGGGUUACUGCUGGGUGAGUACCGGUGUUGGGCGAAAAUGGCGGGUGCGAUGAACCAUGGGUCGGCGCCCAAGCUUGCAUGGUAGUCAAUGCAGGAUAGCUAGAAGGGAAAUCAGAUGUCGAGAGGCAGGCCAGCAGGCAGGUAGGCAGGAACGGUACGUAUGAUACGUCGGGCAGGCAGGAUAUCGGAGGGUAGCAACUAGGAACCGUGCAGGCUAGAGCAGGUGGGAAACCACUGGGUCAAAGAGGGUUUUGAAGCUCAAGGGGCAAACGCAUGGGGGCAUGCCAUGCAAGUACAGGCAGGGAACCCUGCAUUACAUAUCGUAUACGUGAGGAUCACGUCUUGUAGCAUUGUCGUACGGUGUACAACAUGCGGCUACACUUUGUUUUGUUUACAUGCACGGUUUCAUGUUUGCGA